CCCAGCCUCUGGAGACCUGCUCGCCAUCACAGGCGCGCCUCUGGCGAGGACUGGCUGCGAAUGUCGCACCUUCCGCGACGAGGUUGAGCUCUGGCUGCCGCCCGGAUGGGCCCACCCGAACGCCGUGUUUGAGAAAUGAAUUCUCGUGUCUGGCUGUACAGAUAUAAAGCUGACAUAUAAUUAUACAAAAGAAGUAAUCUGUCGUUGCUUACUGAACAGGACAUCUGCAGCAAGCCUAGAAAAUAGCAGCUGACAUCUCCAGGGAUUAUUGAAUUGCUGAGGAGUUUGGAACAAGACAAGCCAAAGCUCCCAUUCCAUGGAUCCCUUGGGUGCACCUUCCCAGUUUGUGGAUGUGGACACCCUGCUAAGCUGGGGUGACUCAUAUGAAGAUGAAUUAAAUUCUUCUGAUACCACAGCUAAUACAUUUGAGGAAGACACUAUUAGAUCACCUUUUCUUUAUAAUAAGGAUAUCAAUGGAAAAGUGGUUCUUUGGAAAGGCGAUGUAGCGUUACUGAACUGUACCGCCAUCGUGAAUACCAGCAAUGAAAGUCUCACAGAUAAGAACCCUGUGUCGGAAAGUGUCUUCAUGCUUGCUGGGCCAGAUUUGAAGGAAGACCUACAGAAACUAAAAGGUUGCCGAACAGGUGAAGCAAAACUGACCAAAGGAUUUAAUCUAGCUGCUCGGUUCAUCAUUCACACAGUGGGACCUAAAUACAAGAGCCGCUAUCGCACUGCAGCAGAGAGUUCCCUGUACAGCUGUUACAGAAACGUGCUUCAGCUGGCAAAAGAACAGUCAAUGUCAUCUGUUGGAUUCUGUGUCAUUAAUUCUGCAAAGCGAGGUUAUCCUCUAGAGGAUGCAACGCACAUUGCUCUUCGUACUGUGAGGAGAUUCCUAGAGAUUCAUGGAGAAACCAUUGAAAAAGUAGUAUUUGCUGUCUCUGAACUUGAAGAGGCUACUUACCAAAAGCUGCUACCUCUGUACUUCCCAAGGUCAUUAAAGGAGGAAAGCCGGUCAUUGCCAUACCUGCCUGCAGAUAUUGGAAAUGCAGAGGGGGAGCCUGUGGUGCCCGAACGACAGAUUAGAAUAAGCGAGAAACCUGGGGCUUCAGAGGACCACCAAGAAGAGGAUGAAGAUGAAGGCUUGGGCAUGGAUCUGUCUUUCAUUGGCUCUCAUGCCUUUGCUCGAAUGGAAGGAGAUAUCGAUAAGCAAAGAAGACUGAUCCUCCAGGGACAGUUGUCGGAAGCUGCCCUGCAGAAGCAGCAUCAGAGAAAUUAUAACCGCUGGUUAUGCCAAGCAAGAUCUGAGGAUCUCUCUGAUAUUGCUUCUCUGAAAGCCUUGUACCAAACAGGUGUGGAUAACUGUGGUCGCACAGUGAUGGUGGUAGUUGGAAGAAACAUUCCUGUAACACUGAUAGAUAUGGACAAGGCUCUCUUAUAUUUUAUCCAUGUAAUGGAUCACAUUGCUGUGAAGGAGUAUGUGUUAGUAUAUUUCCACACACUGACCAGCGAGUACAAUCACCUGGACUCUGACUUCCUGAAGAAACUCUACGAUGUUGUUGAUACCAAAUACAAGAGGAAUUUGAAGGCUGUUUAUUUUGUUCAUCCAACAUUUCGUUCAAAGGUCUCAACAUGGUUUUUCACCACCUUUUCUGUCUCAGGACUGAAGGAUAAAGUCCACCAUGUGGACAGCCUGCACCAGCUGUUUUCUGCCAUAUCACCAGAGCAGAUCGACUUUCCUCCUUUUGUCCUCGAGUACGAUGCCAGGGAAAAUGGGCCUUACUAUGCAUCUUAUCCCCCAUCACCUGACUUAUGACCUGCUGUCUUCCAGGGCUUCCUGAGUACAAGGAUGCCAUUUCACCACGAGCUGCUGCCUAUUGAAGUGCUGUUCAUUUCUGCUGUACAGACCCAGAGAGCCUUUUGUCCCCACCUCUCUGGUAUUUUUUUAUUGACUAUAUUUUCUGGCACAUAAGCAAUCUACAAAUGGUGGGCCAUUCUGAACUACACAUAUUUUAAAUUUGUAUAUUUGUAUCAAAUGGAAAUGUUCAUUUUUAGAGUGUUAAUUGGGGAUCAACUUUUGAGUACCUUCAGUUUCCUGAAGGACACCGGACUCUGUGUUACACAGGCCACCAACAUUGUACACAUCAUCUCUUAAACAAUGCACACGUUCUUUGUGUAUUUAAGUGUUUCUCAAAAUAUAUAGACCCAGUGUAUGCUGA